AUGCUCAAUGCAGUACUUACCUUUUCAGCAACGUGCUCCAAGAACGAGGAUAAAAUCAUCGCCGACAUCUUCAAAAACUACAACCGAUACGUACUGCCAUUUCCACCGAAUAACCGCAGCGUGCUGGUCGAGUUCGGUAUGUCACUCGUCCUCAUCGUCAACGUGGUAGGUGAAAAACUGCCGAAGGCGGAUAAGGCGACGAACGCCACGAAGCCGCUUUCGAGUUCUGACUUCAGCUUGUACUUAACAACCGCGAUUUAG